AUGCUGCAAUUCCCGGCGCUGAUGCGGCAGUGGCCGUCGCCGCCGCUGAUUCCGGCGUCCACACUCCUCCCCGUGCCCGCAACUACCCAGGAGGACGAGCUCCUCCUCGCCAUGGCCGAGUCCGACCUCGAGGACAAGCUGAACGCGAUCCGCAAGACCAACAGCAACCUGGUGAUCAUAGGCAAGCCCACCAACGACGUCAAGGAGGAGUACGACGCGGAGGUGGAGGAGGACGACGUCGACAACGUCGACGAGUCCGACGGGGACGACUUCGACCAAGAAACCGGCUGA